UGCUGGAGGAGUGGAAAAUAUGCAUGCUUGCAGUUCGUGACUUGACCCCUCCUCCGCCGUGGUUAAUAUUGAACACAGCGAAGCCUACACACGACGCGCUGAUAAAUGGCUCACGUUACCUCACAUUUCACUUGCCAUUCACAAGGGGCGUUUUAUUGAAGUCACGCACCACGACCGUGUGCGAUACAAAGAGAUUCAGUUACCGGCGGCUUGUUCAUGAAUUUGCAAUAAACGCACGGCUGGGACAAUGUACUACGUGCUCUGACACACUUCCAUAUCACUGCAACUCAAGAUGAAUCAAGGGGUCAGAUUCGGCACAAGACGGCGACGACUAACGUUCGUGUUUACACUGUGACCACUGCUGCUUGUACCGCACUAAUUUCAGCCGUUCUCGGGGUAAUCGUCUACGCUGACAGCACAUGGUAACCAUGACGGACUCUGUUAGGAAUGAUGGAACCCAGCCACUCCCCCCUCUGUCCAAGCUGAAGCUCUCUCUGCCCUACAAGGCACUCAAAGCAUGGCUGGCCCUAGCGGAGCAGGAACACUGCAAGUUUGUGGCGGCUGAUCAGGAAGGUCAUUUUGCAUACCAGCUGUACAUGAACCAUGUGAAGCAGGAUUUAUUCCAUGUAGAACUCAAGUUCCUGAAGGCUCCAAUCAUUCAACUUUUAGAAGACUCGUAUGAGGUGGCAGUCAACAUUGAAGAGGUGGUAGAUGUUGCUGAAGAAAAAGAGGAGAAGGCUCAGGAAAACUGCUUGCAGGAGGAACAAAAACUGCAUGGAGCAAUCCCCAAACUUGUGAAGUUUGAUGGCAAAGAUAGGGAGAUUGCAACCCAUUCUCCCCCUGAUAUUUCUUACACAGGGGGCAGCAAUGGUCAGUUUUCUAAGGAGGACUGGUCUUUGGGUCAACCAGUCAGUUUGACCAUCCCACCCAAGCUACCAGUAUCUACCUCAGUAGUACCUAAACGGGAGGCAAGACUUGGCCAGUUCAGGGAUUAUAAUAACACAUGGCCACAGGAGGAUGGACCAUUAGAUUUAUCAAAACCUGUGAAACGAAAAGAGGAGCGAGACGCAAGUAAAGUCACUGUUAACCAUGAAAUGGUUGAGACCAUGUUAAAACCUGAGAAUUUGUUAAAGCCUGAGAAUUAUCCCCACAUGGCGGCACUUGCCUACCAGCAGUGGGCCUUACAAGCUGGCAAUCCGCUGGCUUUCACCUUCCCCAAUCAUGUUUUGAACAAUAUGAACAACAUGAACAAACCACCUGGAGGCAGGCCCCGAGGCAGAGGACGACCUCCUGGCAAGUCCUCAAGUAACUGUAGGUCUGUGAAACACCAGCUUUCAGAAUCCAAGGAAAUCACGUCAUCGCUGCCACGUAGUGCAGACAGUGCCAUUGUAUCCAGUACACAGAGGCAGCUGGGGAGCUCCAAGAAUUCCCUCUCUCCUCAUCAACAUGGUGUCACUGGGCAGGUGUCAGAGGUUGCUGGGACAUCUGCCAUACAGAGACCGCAGUCCCCUCAACUGUCACAGUACAUGACCUACGCUUCCUUCUUACAGAAUACCAUCAGUUCCUCCUCGUCUAGUCUGGACGUGCCCCACGUCAACAGCUCUACCUCUUGUGGCACUCUAGACUCUGCCUCUGAUGAUGAGAUUACCGACCGUCGCACAAACCGUUCAUUUAUUCACCGCCCUAGAGACCGCGGGAAGGCCAUAUUGAGAUCCAGGCAAAUUCGACACGAGAUGGGGUGUGUGAUGUCGUACCUGAAGCAACUGUUACCUCCAGAAAUGCGAUAUGGUAGGACCAUGUUUCAAGCGACAAUACUCGAGCUUUCUACAGACUAUAUCGCAGAGUUGCAGAAACAGGAGAGGGAAAAUCUCCGGUGUUUGGAUAUAGAGAGACAGAGACAUCAGCGCCUCCUAUCUCAGGCUCAGGAAUUAAAGAGAGCUCUGUAUGGGAGCAAUAAUAGUGGGGAAGUGGGGAAGGAACUGGGAGAGAACAUCAAGGAUAUGGAAAGCAAUUGAAAUUUUUUUCCUCAUUAAUUAAAUUAUAAUUGUUUUAGAAGAUGUAGCAGGAGCUAGAAUGCAAUAAUUUUAAUGCCAUAAAAUAUUCACUCAAUUUAUAUAGGCCAAUAUUCAUCAUAUAUUAUAUAUCUUAUAUGGUAGUUUUUUCUAUCUAUACACUGUACGGGUUUAUUUGUAUAUUGAGUGCUAGAUAUUAAAAUUUUAAGACCUUCAGUUAUUCUCAAUUUUAGAUAUUUUGAGAAGGAAAUUGAAUAGAAUGCUUUUUAAGACAUUUUAACUGUUAUUCCCAAAUGAAAAUAGUUAUUUUAAGUGAAAUGAGUGUGUUAAACUUGUGUAGUUUUUGGCAACCAUACAACCAGUCUUCUGAACAUCAUCAUUAUCAUAGCAGCCUGUCACACCUCUGCUGGCUGGUUUUGGUCUUCACAGACUUCACCACACAUUGCGUGUUUUUGUCCGUGUUGGGUUGAACCUUAACUCACCACGUUGGUUCAGUGUGGGUUGAUGAGUACUAGAUGCCAGAUUGCCUGUGUAUCAGGACCAUGCGGCAGGUUGCAUGAGGUGACUUUUACUUGUUGCAGGCUGAAUGACCUGACUUAACCUAAGCAUAUCAUUCAGAAUAGCUUGUUUUUGCAUAAAGAGGACAUUGUUCAGUACAAAAAUGUUCUUAUUUUUAAAUAUUAAUUAAACAUUACCUCUAAAUUCUAAGGUAAAAUCUGCAAGGAAUUUAAAGAGAAUCCUUGCUUAUUUAUACAACAAAACAAAAAGCUUACUCCAACUUUUAUCAUUAUGAUAAUUCUCUUCCCUUCUUAAGCAGUGUGUUGAAGCCUUACACUUUUCUUACCUGUAUUCUGUAUUCAGUUUUUUUAAAUUUGAAAAUUUUCAAGAAAUUUUAUAGAACUACCUCACAAAAACUAUAACCUCUGUUACACAUCAAUUGAAACAUACUUUCAAAUGUAGAACAUACUUCAUUUUAACAAAAUGUCAAUUUUUUUUAAAGUUGUAGUUCAUUGUGCAACCAUACAAGUAUUACAUACUGUAGGUUUAAAAUCAAAUGAAGUUUUUUUUUGCUUCCAUAUACUUUAAAAAUUAAUUGUACAAUGUGCCAUAGCAGGUUUGCAGUAAUAUCUCUUAAUGCGGAGAAAUCAGGAAAGGCUUUGUUCCCAGAUAUGUUGGUCUUUUUGUAGAAGUAAAUUAUAGGGUGGGUGGGCGUUUACAAUAUGUAUUUGUUUUGAGCUUAACAUGCAAGCCUCAUUACCCAACUUAUGGAAACGAUUUCAGUUCUUUACAAAUUUUAAUUACAUCUUGAAUACAAGAAAAAUAGCUUGUUGCAGAAACAGCAUUUUUAGUUGUUUUUUUUUUAAUCUUGUUAAGCCUAAUAGGAUAGGUAUUUAUUUUAGAAGUUUUAUUUCAAAAAGACUAAUUAACUGCAUUAUUUUAUGCCUGCCCUCAAUCACUGCCAAUACAACAGCACUGUCAUUGCAUAAAAUUUCUGAAUUACAUGUUAACUAUAAUAAUUGAGAAAAAAAGAUGGAUGCCUUUUGAUUUAAAGUAGUGUACAAAUUAAAGCAUUUUAUACAAGUGUAGUAUAGAUAAAUUUUCUGCAGCUUUUGUAUUUUGCGUAAUGUUUAAAAUCAUAGAGAUUUGGCACGUCUAUCAAAUCUUUAUUAGGUUAGUUGGUAUGAGUUAGCAUAUACAUCAUAUAAUCUGUGUUGGAGAACCCCUUUUAAAAUGCUGACUUCGCAGUUAAUAUUGUGGCAUGAAAAUGGGGAAAGAAGUUUGAAUUUCAGGUUUUUGUUGAGUGUAAAAAAACAUUAAGCAGGCCCAAUUGCUGCACAGAGCAUUGUUCUAGAGCACAUCAGAGCAGAAGUGAGGUUUUGGUGGAGUUAACGUUCUAAAUUAAAGUUGCACUUCGUUGAAAAUUAAAAAAAAAAAAAAGAGAAGAGAUACCUUGAUUGAAGAUCUGCAGGUAUUUAUGCUUAGAGUACUUGUUACUACUUAACCUUCAGCAUUGUAAAAAAAGUAUUUAAAAGGAUAUUUUAUUGUAUUUUUUGGCUUAUAUUGUGGCUAUGAUGAAAUAUCUGUAUGAAGAUAUUAUAAAGAAGACAUGGCUUGAUGAGCUUUUCAAAACGAUAUCGCAUAUAACUUACUUGCAUCAAACUACAUGUAAUCACCCUUGCCAGUAAUUUGGGACUCAUUUAGCACUUGGGAUAGUAAUAAAAUUUAAGUUGCCUCAAAGGUUUUCAUGUAGAUGUGUUGUUAGAUAAUAUAGAGUAUCAGAUUUUAGGUGUUAGUAAGCCCUAAUUUUAGCCCUUCAUUGCAGUAAACAGGCAGUUGAUUUUGUUGGAUUUGAAAAUCAAAUACUCAAUGUUCACGAUAUGGCUGUGGGCACUUCAUGGGGAAAUUUUACGACAGGUUAGGAACUUUAUAGCACAGUAUGUAGUUAAUAAUGUGCACUUAUGCUUGUGCAUUUUUACUCAAAGGAAAAUAACAGUAAAAUUCUUGAGCACAAGCAAAUUAUUCAAAUAAUAGUCAUUCUGUAUAUUAAUCAUGAUAGGGCUAUAUUGUCUGCAAAUAAGGUUUAUAUUAAACUAUUCUGUACAUAAGCAGUUAAUUUACUGCUUGAAUUGCAUUUAAUUCUAAAAGUGAGCAGAAAUAGUUCUCAAAGUUCAUCAUUAUAAGUACAAAUUUUUGGUAAACUUAAUUAUAUUGUGUCCUAUUAUCUAGGUUGCUCAAUUUGUUGAAAAUGUGGUCAACCCUUGGGGGGAAUUGUAUGGUCACUUGUUGCUACCUCUCAUGUUAACUAGAAAAGUGCUGCCAGUGUUACUUAACUACCAUGUUGUCAACAUGUGUCCAGUUACUUUGAGUCAGCUUGCUCUUAUUGGUUCACACUAGCACAGAAUUCCUUUUUGCAAAAGUGCUCGAUAAUUUAAGCUAAAUCAAACUUAUGAACUAAAUUAUUUGUGAAAUUCCUCCAAAAAGGUAAAAUGCCUUAUAUUUUCAAAAGCCUAGUAAAUAGUACGUCUGGCCUUUGACUAAAAUUUGCCAUGCUAGAGUGAUCUUACUCUUAUAUACAGCAGUCAGUGGAAAUCAUUCAUUUCACAGAACUGAAGUGAUACAUGUAUGUAAGGUGUAUUAUUAUUAUUAUUAUUAUGCAAGGUAUAGUAUAUAAUAUUGCUUUGAAAUUUUAAGUAGAAUGUAAGACGUUAAAGGUGAAUUAACAGCAUGUGUAAGUGUACCUCAGAUUUCCGCACAGACCAAUGAAUCCUCGAGGUUAUAAUUUAUAAGUACAUACGAUCUGUCACCAAUUCCAGGUCAUGUAUACUCUUGCCAUUCAUUUGUUCAAAAAGGCUCAGAGAUAACUGAUGUAACAGCUACCAAAAUUUUUUUUCAGUGGUGGCCAAAUGCUAGAUCAGUCUGUCAAAACUUUAAAAGAUCCAGCAUAUACAUGUAUUAGAACAAUACAAUGUACGAGUUUGUUAAGAGCUUUACAUUAUGUACAUGUAGUUGAAUGAUACAUGCAAUUUGCUUGUAACCAAUGUUGAGUAAUUUAUAUAGCAUCACUGUGCUACUCAAUAAGCAAUUCCCAAGGUACAACUUAAAUGUAUCGACUUUUAAUAACUCCACUGUAAUGUUGAUUUGAUUCAAUUAUAGUCCAUGUACAGUGUGUAUGCACAAGUAGUUCUAGGAAAAAAGCAGGUGCUUUGAACAGUGUUGACAUCUUAAUGACAUAACUGCCACAUCAGACCUCUUAAUUUACUGUACAACAAGGAAUAAUAAAUACAACGAAUUC